CAUGACUCGGAGCCUCGUUACCAGCAGACUGGCUAAGCGGAGCUAGCUGUUAGCUUCAACUGUCAAGACGGCGAGACUGUCAAGAUGAGUUUCCUGGGAGGUUUGUUUGGGCCCGUGUGUGAGAUAGAUGUACUGCUGAAUGAUGCUGAGAACAGAAAGACAGCUGAAUUGAAGACAGAAGAUGGCAAAGUGGAGAAACACUACCUGUUCUAUGAUGGAGAAUCGGUCUCUGGGAAGGUGAAUCUCAAUGUGAAGCAGGGAGGAAAGCGGGUGGAACAUCAGGGCAUCCGCAUCGAGUUUGUUGGGCAGAUAGAGCUCUUCUCUGAUAAGAGCAACACCCAUGAGUUUGUGGAUUUGGUCAAAGAGCUUGCUUUACCUGGAGAACUCACCCAGAACAGAAGCUAUGACUUUGAGUUCAUGCAGGUGGAGAAGCCCUAUGAGUCCUACACCGGAGCGAAUGUCAGGCUAAGAUAUUUCCUCAGGGUGACAAUAGUUCGUCGUUUGUCCGACUUGGUGAAGGAAUACGAGUUAAUUGUCCACCAGUUAGCUACCUACCCAGACGUUAACAACUCAAUCAAGAUGGAAGUCGGUAUAGAAGACUGUCUACACAUCGAGUUUGAAUAUAAUAAGUCCAAAUACCAUUUGAAGGAUGUGAUUGUCGGGAAGAUUUACUUCCUGCUGGUCAGGAUCAAGAUCCAACACAUGGAGCUGCAGCUGAUCAAAAAGGAGAUAACAGGCAUAGGUCCCAGUACAACAACAGAGACGGAAACGGUUGCAAAAUACGAGAUCAUGGAUGGUGCUCCAGUAAAAGGUGAAUCCAUUCCCAUCAGACUCUUCCUGGCAGGCUAUGACUUGACACCCACAAUGAGGGAUGUCAACAAGAAGUUCUCUGUGCGCUACUUCCUCAAUCUGGUGCUGGUGGACGAAGAGGACAGAAGAUACUUUAAACAACAGGAGAUUGUUUUGUGGAGAAAGGCUCCCGAGAAGCUGAGGAAAAGAAACUUCCACCAGCGCUACGAGUCACCUGAACCCCGGAACCUGACGGUUAGCGCAGAGCAGCCAGAGAUGUGAGCAUCAGGCGAUGAACUGAAACUAUACACAGACACAUCACAGCCCUUCACUGCUGAACAGCAGAGGGGUGAGGGCUGCCCCACUGUCUCUGCGGACUAAGAAAUGUCUGUAAACAUCAAUACACAUACCUUUCACUCAGCCUCCCUCUCCACCACAACUUUACAGCUUUGGAUGUGAGCUGCCUGCCAUCGCUCUCUAGCCCUGGACUGAAAUGCACUUGCGUACAGCUGUAUACGAUACAAGUUUGCUAAACAUCAAGGCAAAAGUGCAAAACAAUCCCGUAAUGAACAGUGAGACAGCCACUUUGAUCCUGCCUCACACGCAAGCGCACAGAAGUGAAGCCAUACAGCCUAAGUUUGCAGAAUGAAUAAUAAGCAAGAGCAAAGACAGGAAAAAGGAGACUGCUACAGACCAGUGCACCACUUCUUUCUUUUGCAUCAGGAGCUUUUCUCAAAGGUCUUGAACAACGCUUAUCCUGGACUUCCUCUCACAUCCUCCUUCCCACAUACCCUACAACAUGAUACUUUCUAUAGUUUGGAUGAGCUACUUGAUGAUGGAAAGUUUCCAAAAUAUCAGGGAUUAGCCUGAGCCAAGGAUGUGAGAGGCAAAGCUAUGAAUUGAUACACAUGCUCUCUAUUUAUUCACAAUAGUUAACUUUAAGCUGUCAUUUAUCCACUGAGCUGGGAAAUCAAGAAUUGCACAGUUAACUGGUUGUAUUACUGUAAAGAUGUUGCAAUGGUCCACAGACUGAUUCUUCUGAGUUAAUUUAUGCUUUAAUUGGAGAAUUCAACAAAUGUCAAUCUUGACAAACUUAAGUUUGUAUCUGAUAUUAAGAUGUCUUCUUUUUAUAUCUCACUCACAAAUAAUUUCCUGCAAUCCUGCUAUUUCAUAUACCCUCAUCAUCUUGUUUUUGAGCCGGAGGCAGGGUAAAACAAAUUUUCUUUUGGAUAAUAUAUUGAUUAAAGAUAGACAUUAGCCUGAUCCGAUGUGUUUAAAUCUUAUGUUGAUUAAGUUAAAAUCAAAUUCUGAAAAGGUAAUUAAUUCAUGAUAUCAGAAAAAUAAAGGAAUUUGGUCCAAUUAAUGUCACCAGAUCCAAAGGUCAAGCACCUCAUUGUCUUGUUCUGUAAAAGCCCUGUUUACUUGACGCACAGCUUCACAGUAGAGAAACACAGUAGAAGCUUAUAUUGGAAACGUCAGAAAUCUGAGUUUGUAGGUAUUGCUCUUAAAAGAUUUAAGUAAUUAAUUGACCAUCAAAUUAUUUGCCAGUUACUCAAUAAAUUCAGAAAUCAUUGGUGUUACUACAGCGUUGUCCAUACGCACUCUGAAGUCCAGCAGUUCACCUGAGUCUGAUAUUGUUCAUCAAUGUCAUUGAAGAGGACUGUUUUGUCCCUACAGGGAUUCCUCCAAAUGUCUCUGUUCAAGUCUGCUGCUGCUCUGGCACACUGCAAUGUGCUUGAUCCUUUGCAAUAAUACUGUAUAUUUCUUUGUACGGUUUGUUCACCCUAUUCCAAAAAACAAAAGCAAAGUUAACAAAUGGCAUGAUGGAGUUUAAAUUUAAGCACUGAAAUCCAUUAAACUCCUCUUUUACUGUGGAAUAGAAAAAAAUAAUGAUUUGCAAUUUGGAUCAUUUGAGUUGUAUUUCCUCAUCAGUCUAAGAAUGUUUUCUUUUAAUUUCUGCAAGUUAUUAUGUAUAAAGCCUAAAAGUUGAUGAAGGUGUGCAGUCAUUUGUACCUAAAAUUUAGAGUUUUGUUAUCAUAUAUGUUGCCAGCCAUUAUAUAUAUAAAAAAAAAAUGUAAUCCAGCUCCCUCAUUUUUUUCACAAGUUGGGGCUUUUUGAGCUUCUCUAUUUGAUAUAUUCAGAAUGCAAAUAUGAUAAAUUACUUACGUCAUCUGUAGGUCUUGAAGGAAUGUGCUUCCUGCAUACUGUAAAAUACAACCAUGUUCCACUGUGAUACACAGACCUGCAGUUUAGGUCUUGCUUUAUAGACAAUGUUAUUGGUUUUGUGUGAUUUGUUUUUAUUUUUUUUUGCCUUCAGCUCUCUAUCUAUGGCCAAUAUGCACUUUCCCUGUCAAUGCUCAACUUUGUAUUAAGGAGCAUGAUGCUAAAAUUCAAUGUCUCUCAAUGACAUUUUUGCCUCAUCUCCUGAGAUGACAAUGAAAAUUAUACUGUUGUUUAUGUAUCACACUACACAUUUGACUUCAAUUUCCUGUGUAAAAUACUCGCUGCUUUCUGUCUCUUUGAUAUCUGGGUGAUGGACCCAUGUUGCAUUUUCUGUCCAUCAUUUUUCAUCUACUUUUCAGGUUUUCUUUGUUCUUUCAUGCUGGGUUUGAUCAUUUAAUUGGGGUUUGUUUUGCUUGAAAAACGCAUAAUUUAUUUACAAUAAAUACUUGUUUUUUCUUUAUUUGGCCCAC